GGCGGAUGCAAAAGACGCUAGCGACAAUUUUGGACCAAGGGACCUUUCGCGGCUGGAGACAUGACGAAGGCCAGUGCAUCCGAUUGAACCCGUUGAACAAGCUGCUCUACUCGCCAUUGCCAUCCUGCGUCUGCCGUCCGACCCGGCGUCUGCUUCUUCGCGCUCCCACUCCCGCCCUCGGAUCGUUCCCUUCUAGGCGCUUUCACACAGCACGAUGCAGGCCUUCUCGAGGCAAACGCGGCCUGCCAGCGCCCUCCUGAAACGGUUCGCGCGGAGGAGCUAUAGCUCUGUGAGCUCCUCGCCGUAUGCCGCCACGAUCCAGAACCUCCGCAUCAACGGGGACACCAAGGUGCUCUUCCAGGGCUUCACCGGCAAGCAGGGAACAUUCCAUGCGCAACAGGCAAUUGACUAUGGCACCAAGGUUGUUGGCGGCACAAACCCAAAGAAGGCCGGCCAAACGCAUCUCGGCCUCCCCGUCUUCGCCACCGUUAGCGAGGCCGUGAAGGAGACGGGCGCGAAUGCGACUGCCAUCUUCGUGCCGCCCCCACUCGCCGCGGCAGGUAUCGAGGAAGCCAUCGCCGCCGAAGUGCCCCUCGUCGUGUGCAUCACCGAGGGUAUCCCCCAGCAUGACAUGGUCCGGAUUACCUCGAUGCUCAAGUCGCAGAGCAAGACCCGCCUGGUGGGCCCCAACUGCCCGGGCAUCAUCGCCCCGGGCCAGUGCAAGAUCGGCAUCAUGCCCGGCUUCAUCCAUAAGCGCGGCCGCAUCGGCAUCGUCAGCCGGUCCGGCACGCUCACCUACGAGGCCGUGAACCAGACGACCAACGCCGGCCUGGGCCAGUCGCUCGUCGUGGGCAUCGGCGGCGACCCGUUCAGCGGCACCAACUUCAUCGACUGCCUCAAGGUCUUCCUCGAGGACGAGGAGACGGACGGCAUCAUCAUGAUCGGCGAGAUCGGCGGCUCCGCCGAGGAGGACGCCGCCGAGUUCCUGCGCGAGCACAACACCGUCAACGGCGGCAAGCCCGUCGUCUCCUUCAUCGCCGGCAUCUCCGCGCCCCCCGGCCGCCGCAUGGGCCACGCCGGCGCCAUCGUCUCGGGCGGCAAGGGCGGCGCCGACUCCAAGAUCAAGGCCCUCGAGGCCGCCGGCGUCAUCGUCGAGCGCUCCCCCGCCGGCCUGGGUAAGGCCCUGCGCGACGAGUUCGUCAGGCGGGAUCUGCUUUGAGCGGGCCGGUGCUGCAGUUGGCUCCCUGCUGCCGGGGCGCUGAUCAUGUACAAUUUUUUCAGGGCUCACUUUCCUUUCCAUUUGUUACCGCGGGAGCAUUUUCUGAAGCAAACCGAGUAGAAUUUCCAGGAGGUAGAAGUUGUGAGAGUAGGGCAAGCCAGCCGUUCAGGGAGCGGAGAGGUCUGAGGCAUCGUUGCGGAAAUUAUAGACUAAGGGGAUCAGGUGGUCUGGCAUAAUCU